AUGGAUACCGAUAUAUAUGUAUUGCAUGCCUUCUACUGUGGCUUUUGCAGCAUCCGACAUCAACCACUUGACCAAAAUGAUAUCCCCGACUACUUAGCCCGACGAGUCCAAAUGAAGCCGCGUGUAAAUUGCACUAUACAUGGAGACAUAUGCGGUUUUGUAGUGACCACUGCAAAGUCGCGGGCCUUUCCUGCAGCCGUCAUAAAUGGAUAUAUUGCUUUGAACAACGCCGCUCACACAGUCGCAGUGCGACAUUGUGAGACCGACCACUUUCUGGCCGGGUACCGAUUCUUCUCCUUUAACAACACACACGAACAAGACUACUUCGUUCAGUACCUUGACACAAUCCUGGACAGCCACGUGAGCAUGUUUAAGAGGAACAGCGCGUUGUACUACGACUACCCGAUGCGAGGAGGCAUGGGGGAGAGCAGGAAACCGUUCGGUGCCUACAAUAUUCCUCUUGGACAAAUGCAGUACAUGGCGGCACCUGUACCGACGAAAAUGCACCGAGAACAGUUACGAAAGAAAUCACGUAAAAACUCUCAACGGCCGGAGAGUGAGGAUCGUUAUCCCAUAGAUAGAUUACGACGAAUGGCACAUAUCAGAAACCUCCAAACAAAUGGGUACAUAUGA